CCAUGGAGAUGUUCCUCGGGCGGUGCUUUGUGUGGAUGCUCCUGGAAGGAACCUUUUGUUCGUUGGUACUCGGGCAACAUCACGCAAACAUCCCCAUCAGCCAGAGAGCUGAACUCAACGGAGAUCAGGACCCUUCUUCUCAAAAAGGCCGGGGGCUUCAAACCAGGAGCACUGAGCUGCCUGUCAGCCCUUUAAGUGGUCCAACAAAGCGGGGACUUCUGGACGGACCUGGGGGACACUCACGGUCACAACCCCACCCUUCCUUCAAGAUAAAGCUUCGUCCCGUCUUGAAGGUCCAAGCGACGUCUAAAUUCUCCACAACGUUCAGCUGGGGGGAUUUUUACUCCAACAUCAAAACCGUCAAACUGAAUCUUCUGAUAAUGGGCAAGAUGGUGGACCACGGGAACGGCUCUCUCGGCGUCUACUUCCGCCACAACUCCACGGGUGUGGGCAACGUGUCCGUGAGCCUCGUCCCGCCCACGAGGGAGGUGGAGUUCGAUCUGGAGCGUCAGAGCGUGGUCAACCCGAAGGACUCGAAGACGUUCAACUGCCGGGCGGGCUACGGGAAGACGGAGAGCAACAAGAAGGUGACGCCGUGUCACUACGACCCGUCCAAGACGUGCGCUCAGGAGCAGACCCAGAGCUACGUCACCUGGACCUGCUCCAAACCCUUCCGGGUCAUCUGCGUCUACGUGUCUUUCUACAGCGUCGACUACAGACUGGUACAAAAGGUGUGUCCGGGUUACAGCUACCAGAUCCCAGGGGGCCACCUGCCGCCGGGCUAAGCGGAGGUCAGAGGUCGCUGGACAAAGUUCAAUUAUAUGGACAAAGAGAAAGGAGGACGCUUCUCUUACUGUUGACCCAAAUCCUGAUGUAAGCUGUACAUUGUUUGUGCAACAGCCUGAUUGUUGUAGACCACGAGAGUCGUUUCAUGAAACAAACAACCAACGGUUGUGUUUGCUUUCAAUUAAAGUCACAGUUGUCGUUAAGACGAGGCUGAUUAAGCGUUUUCAUUCUAUUUCUACACUUUCUUUACUACAUAGAAAAAUAAUAUUUAUGUGAACUAGAUAAUAGCACAACAUGGCCAAUUCUGCGCGAUAACAACUCUUUAAGUUGCAACUCUUGUAUAUUUCUUGUGUAUUUCGUAACAUAAUUCAUUUGGUCUUUUCAACUAACAUUUGGUUAACUUAACAACUUCACCUUGAUUGUUACUUUUCAGAGAAAAAGAAUGUAACAUGUGUACAUAAGGAGAAAACGGGGCUGCUGAAGGCUGUUUUGCCAGUAUGAGCUGCAAUGAACAAAAUAAAUAAUCUAUUACAUAUGAGAAAGAUGUAAUCUCACAUAUUUUCAUAAACCAAUAGAAAUGAGGAAUAUAUGUAUGUUUAGUGUUGUUUUUUGUAAUCUGAUGUUCUACAUUAAAAUGAGGGCGUUGUAUUUCUA